AUGUCUGUUGUUCCAACAUCACCUCCUAUUAAAUCUACAAAUAAUGAUUUAUUAUCAUCAGAACCAACUAUUAAAUCACCUUCACUUCUCGACCCUGUUAAUUCUUCUUGCCCUUUUGAUCAAUUAUCUGCCGACAAAUCUUCGGUAAAUUCUUCGUCAUCCACCGGAUUUAUCCAUCCAUCUGAUUCUUCUGAUUUAUCUUAUAAUUAUCCUCGGCAUUGCUAUUUAACUGCUGCAGCUAAAGUCAAUAAUAUUCCUGGUAUCGUAUUACUUGACACUGGUUCAGGUGUUACUAUUAUUAGUUCCAACCAUUGGAGAAUUAUUGGUACCAAUAGUCCAAUUACUUCUUAUGACGGACCCGAAAUCCAAGGCCCUGAAGGUAGUUCAAUAGGUCCUGAAGGUCGUGUCUUCGUUCAAAUUACUCUUGCGGGUAUUACUAUUCGACAUCCUGCAGUUCUCGCUAAAAAUUUUGAUCACCUUAUUCUUCUUGGCAAUGAUUAUAUGAAGUCCAUCGGUCUUGUUCUCGAUUUACAAGAUAACAAAAUGUGGUUGCGAACUGAUCCAGAUCGACAAUAUUCAAUAUCAUCUGAUCUAACUCAAGCAGGCAGAAUCGACGUUCCAGUUAUGUCUACCGAGCAUCGUGUGAUUGCUCCAUAUCACAUUGCUUAUAUUCAAGUGAGCACACCAACUUUUCUUUCUUCUAAUACUUGGGAUGCUUCAAUAACUGGUCAUCGUCCUCACAUCGCUACAGCUAAUAGUUUAAUUCGUUUUACUGAUCGAAAAUCAUUCGUGCAAAUUGUCAAUUAUUCUGCUCGCCAACAAAAUCUUUAUGCUGGACAACAUGUUGCCGUGGCUGACGCUUAUUUUGACUACAUGAAUCAUGAAAUUAAAAAUCACUCAUCUUUGGAAUCGCCGAUGCCUUAUACAAAAGAAGGAUCUUAUUUGUCAUCAUUGUCGAACAAUCAACACAAAAUUAACUUAGAAAAUCAUUUACAAGACAAGUCGGGUUCGUUAACUUUUGCGCUAUCUAGUAAAAAUGUAAUGUGUGCUGAUUCAAAUUGUUGUUCGUUUUCUUCUUCGUCGUCGUCGUCACAGAGCCUCUCUAUUGCUCGAGAAAACGAACCUCCAGUAUCUAAAAUUUCUCCACCUACUUCAUUAACCUCACAUCAUUCAAAUUCUUUUAUUUCUUCAUCUAUACCUCCAACAACUUCAUCAAUCACUUCUCAAACAUCAUUUCUUAAUGUUCUAUCUACUUCACCUUCUUAUUCUCAAUAUGAUUUAAUUUCAUCUUUAUCCCAAUCACAUAUUUCGCCUUCAUCCACUUUAUCAUCUAGUUCAUCAGUAUCAUCAUCUACUUUUCCAUUUCGUUCACCGUCAUCUCAUUUACAAACUCUACCCGAGUUCACUAUCAAUGACACUGAUCUUGACUCGCAACAAGUAUUUCAAUUACGAAAUCUUCUUCUUAAAUAUAGUACUUGUUUUAAUGAUAAAACAGGUCGUACCUCAUUAACUCGGCACUACAUUGAUACUGGUAAUUCUAAACCUAUCAAAUUGCGUCCUUAUCGUGUAUCACCCGCUCGUCAAAGUAUCAUUUCUAAUCAAAUACAACAAAUGUUACACGACGGCAUCAUUGAACCAGCUAACGGGCCUUAUGCCGCUCCUGUUACUCUUCAACCAAAAAAAGAUGGGUCUUUACGUUUUUGUGUCGACUUCCGUCAACUCAAUUCUGCUACUGUUCGAGAUGUAUAUCCUAUACCUCGUAUUGAUGAUACUCUCGAUCAGUUACAGAAUGCCAAAUAUUUCACAUCUAUGGAUUUGAAAUCGGGUUUUUGGCAAAUUGAACUUGAUGAUGAAAGUCGUCCUAAAACUGCUUUUACAACGCAUGCCGGACUGUACCAUUUUACAGUAAUGCCGUUUGGUUUAACAAACGCCCCAGCUACAUUUCAACGCCUUAUGGAUUUAGUCUUAGGAGGCCUCAAAUGGUCUUGCGCUUUAGUUUAUCUAGACGAUAUUAUUGUCUAUUCUUCUACUUUUUCGUCUCAUUUACAACACCUGGAGUUAGUACUCCAGAGAAUUCAAGCGAGUGGUCUCACUCUUCAUCGUUCAAAAUGCCAAUUUUGUAAAACAAAACUUAGAUAUCUCGGCCAUGUCGUUUCUCAAUCUGGUAUUGAACCGGAUCCUGACAAAAUUCGUGCUGUGCGCGAAUAUCCGAUUCCAAUGAAACUCAAAGACGUUCGCGCAUUUCUCGGUCUUACUAGCUACUACCGACGAUUUAUUAAAAAUUUUGCUACAGUCGCUGAACCGCUUAUCUCACUAACCCGUAGUGCCGAUAAUAGGCCAUUUUUAUGGUCAACAACGUGUCAACAAGCUUUCGAUUACCUUCGUCAAUUAUUGAUUCAAGCACCUAUUGUUGCGUAUCCUCAAUUUGAUAAACCUUUUGUUCUUCAACUUGAUGCUUCGGAUGUAGGACUUUCCGCUAUUCUAGCACAAAAACUCAUCGACGAAGAUGGCGUUCAACGUGAACACGUUAUAGGUUAUGCUAGUCGAACGCUCUCUUCGUCAGAACGUCAUUUUUCAGCAACAGAACGCGAGUGCCUCGCUAUUGUUUAUGGUUGUAAUCAUUUUCGUCCGUAUCUUGAAGGUGUUCGUUUUACUAUUGUAACCGAUCACAAAGCACUUAAAUGGUUACAUCAUACUAAAGAUCUUAAUAGUCGUCUUGCUCGAUGGGCUAUGCAAAUAGCUGCUUACGACGUUGAAAUUCAACAUCGACCAGGUUCUGACAACGCAAAUUGCGACGCUCUUUCUCGCGCUCCUGUCAAUGUUGUAUCCAAUAAUACUAUUACAUCAUCAUACACGGAUCCAUGUACUUCACCUACAAUUAUUGAUCCAGGUUAUUUAUUCGUUCUUGAUUAUUUCUCUCAUGGUUCCUUGCCUUCGCCACAACGUUUUAUACCAAUUUCACUUCAAAACAAUGUCACUAUCACUACUACACCAAUCUUUUCUUCUCCUUCUCUUCCUUUCACUUCUCUUGCGAACAUACAUUUUGGCGACAAUAUCCAAUUGUAUGAUGAUAUUCGUGUUGCCCAGUGGCAAGAUUCUGAACUUCUUCCACUUCUUAAUUACUUACAAGCUCAACAAUUACCCGAUGAUGCUAUACGGAAAACAAUUCUUCAACUCGCUACUUUUCAUCGAGUUAUAGAUGGUGUACUCUAUCGCGUUGUACACUCUUCGAAACUAAAUACAGAGAAUCCUUCGUCUGCUACAACGACUUCUUCUGAACCAAUCUUUAAUCAUCAUCAACAAUUUCGUCUUGUUAUACCAAAGUCGAAAAUAAUUGAUCUUUUAUCGUUAGCUCACGAUCAUCCUACUUCUGCGCACUUAGGACGUCGAAAGACACUAUUUCGUCUUUCUACUCGAUUUUAUUGGCCUCACAUGCGACGUGAUGUUGAAGAGUACGUGCGUGCAUGUAAACUUUGUCAACAGUACAAGGCUUCCAAUCAAAAGCCUGGUGGUUUAAUGAGUCCUAUAGUCGUCAAUGAACCUUGGAAUACCGUCGGCAUUGACCUUACUGGACCUCUACCAAAAACUCGUCGCGGAAAUAUUUAUAUUCUCGUUGUCAUCGAUUACUUUACGAAAUGGGUUGAACUUUUUCCUUUGACUAACAUCAAAGCGAAAACUAUCGCUCAAAUAUUUGUCGAUGAUGUCAUGUGCCGUUUCGGUUUUCCAGUUCGUAUCAUUUCUGAUAAUGGUGUUCAAUUUCUAUCGAAUAUAUUCACUAAUGUCUGUCAAAUCCUAGACAUAAAACAUCAACGAACACCAUUUUAUCAUCCACAAAGCAAUCUAUGUGAACGUGUAAAUCGUACUAUCAAGCCAUUACUUGCUGCUCUCGCUCAUCACGAUAGUAAAUCGUGGGAUACAAAACUUGCUCAAAUCGCAUUUGCUUUACGUACUGCCCGGAGCGAUUCUACCGAACAGUCUCCUGCAUUCCUUAUGUUCGGUCGUCAUCCUCGCAACGGACUCGAUCUAUGUUUACCAUCACCUACUCCUGUUGAUCAACUUCCAACUACGGAUGAUUUAUCAGAUUAUCGCAAACGUUUACUUACAGACUUAUUACCAGCUUAUACUGCUACACGCGAAAUUCUCGAUAUUUCUCAUCAACGACAGGCUUCUCAAUACAAUCAACAUCAUCGAUUUAUUCAGUUUGAGCCUGGUGAUCUUGUUUGGGUCGCUGCUCUUUCUGGUAUUGCAAUGGGUAAAUGGCGUGGUAAAAAGCUUAGUCCACGUCGUGAAGGUCCUUAUCGUGUCGUCGAACGUUUAUCGUCAUUAACUUAUUCUCUAAUUCACACUAUCACCAAUCAACAACUUGGUCCAAUUCAUGUUAAUCGUCUUGAACGUUACUAUUCAUUCAAGGCCAUCGAUUGA